AUGGGCAGCCUUUCGACAGCCGGCGUGAACGACCCGUCCUCGCCCUCCAUUCUGGGCUUGGCGCAGAACAUACUUUCCGCCGCCCAGGAUAUCACCAAGUAUCUUCAGGUCAACAAGCUUCCCGAGCCAUCCUUUUCCCUUGAAUCUCAAGACCCCCCUCACGACCACCCCGAAUAUCGCCGCCUCCACGCGUCUCUCAAGGCGAACUUGGAAGAUCUGCAACUCCUCAUUGACGGUCCCAGGAAGUGGCUCAGAGCGUUCUGCUGUACCGGCUACGACCUUGGUGCCCUUCAGGUUGCUCUCGACUUCGACUUCUUCCAGCACGUACCGGCUCAUGGGGAUAUUGCAGUUGAGGAUCUGGCCAACAAGGCAGGCCUUGAUGUAGACCGUACCAGCCGCAUCAUCAGACAGCUCAGGACCUACAGGAUCUUCGAGGAGUUGCAGCCUAGAAGGGUUUCUCACAGCCCUUCCUCUCUCGUGAUUCAGCAGGAUGAGCAGCUCCGGGCCGUCGUCCACUACUCUCUUGAUGAGAUGCUCAAGGCGGCUGCCGACUGCAAUGUCAGUCUCAAGGCAAACCCUCACGAGGCGCACCAAAACCUCAACCCCUUUGUCACUCGGCAUGGCGUUGGCAUCUUUGAGUUCUACCAAAAAGAUCCGGAGAAGGCUCGGCGGUUCGCCAAGGCUAUGGCGGGCCUGAGGAAGAUGGAUAGUCACCUUGACUUCCUGCUCAAGGAUGGGUUCAACUGGUCUGCUCUCAAGGGGACCGUCGUUGAUGUCGGCGGUGGCAAUGGUCACAUUUCCAAGAGCUUGGCUCAGAUCUACCCCGAUUUGGACUUCAUCGUGCAGGACUCCAAUGCCGACAUGCUCGCUGAAGGCAAAGAAUCUCUCACCCAAGACCUCGCCCCCCGAGUGCAAUACAUGCAUCAUAGCUUCUUCGAUCCUCAGCCUGUCAAGAACGCCGCCGCUUUUCUAAUUCGCCAGUGCACUCACAACUGGGCCGACAAGGACGUGGUCACCAUCUUCAAGGCAUUUGUCCCCGGUCUGGAGAACUCGAGCCCCGAAACUCCGCUACUGAUCAACGACAUUAUCAUCCCCGAACCUGGAACCUGGCCACGUCAUCAGGAGCGCAAUGUGCGCCAGGUCGAUAUGGUGAUGCUCGUCAACUGUGGCGCUAAACAACGCACGAAGGCCGAGUUUGAGCAGCUUUUGAAGCAGGCGGACGAGAGAUAUGAGAUCAAGAAUGUCUUUGAUGAUGGACCAUUGGGUUUGCUGGAGGUUUAUCUCAGAAGAUAGAUGGGCCUUGAACAGUUUCGAGGUGGAUGAUGUGCGUAUCCCACAUGGACAAGAUAAAUAAGGCUGCGUUUUUGCCCUUCUUUGACUUUUUUUGUGUUGAACCAUACUGCAAAGGAGGCGAUCACGGAGAGCAACGUAGUGUAGUGAAAGUCUUGAUUGAUUGAAGAGAAAGAAAGAAGAGGAGGAAGGAGGAUAAAAUCCGACUUAUAUACAGGGUAGCAAUGUGUGGAUCGUAUCCACUAAUGCCAAGAGAAUGCCAAGAACUGGUGAUGGCUUCAACAUUUUGCCCAUAAUUAAUUUUACAUCUCUCUUUGUUCACUUC